AUGGCAAGAAAAUGGACUAUAAAAGGCUAUACAAUUGGAUCGGUUGGCAUUAAAGAUUGUUCGCUCGAUGGGGAUUACAUUACUGUAAUAAAUCAUUCGAAGACUAAAAAUUUUGAUAUUUCAAAAUGGGUACUUAUACAUCAGGUCGAUUUUGAGCCGGUAGUUGAAUAUAAAAUACCUGAUGGAAUUCAACUUCAAGAAGAUGGUGAAGCAAUAAUUUAUUCGACGCAAGGUGCGAAUGUUGCUAAAUUAUCGUUAACUGAUCAUGCUAUUUCAUCGUUGUUACAUCAAAAACUAGUGAAUAGGGAACUGUUUUCAUGGGGUAAGCGCGUACAUGACGUUGCUCUUUUUAUUAAUUAG